AUGACUGGACCAACGCGCUGUUGUCGCGCCGUGGAGCAGUGGCCGCUCCCAGAGGAAGAGCUUUCUGUGAGUGGACUGUUCAGCGGGGCAAGCAAGAAGGCAGAAAACCUCAAAGUUUGUGCAACACAAACUCCACAUGUUGUGUCUCCUGCAGCUCUGACAGCAGUGAUCCAAACACAGCAGACUGUGCUGGCAGCAGUGGGAGAAGAUGCUGAAUUCAGCUGUCAGCUCUUGGAGACUAAAGACGUCCUUCAGGUCACCUGGCAGAAAAUCUCAGGUGACGUGGAGACAAAUGUUGCCACCUACAACAAGUACUUUGGUCAGAGAGUGAAUGCUGGAUUUAAAGAUAAAGUUGAGUUUAAAUAUACUGGACUACAGAACUGCUCCAUAGUCAUCAGGAAUGUGAUGGAGCAGGAUGAAGCCUGCUAUCGCUGUCUGUUUAACACUUAUCCUGAAGGUGCCCUGAUAGCAAGAACCUGCCUCCAAGUCUAUGAGCUGCAUGAACCUGUUCUUGAUGUCAGAGAGUCAAACUCUACUGCAGAGUGGGUUGUUUCCUGUUCAGCCACUGGUCGACCUGCUCCCACUGUAACACUCAGUGUCUCACAACAACACCUCAACUUCUCCCAGUACAACACUGUCAGUGUGUCCAACACCAACGCUACAUUCACUGUCACCACUACAGCUGUGCUCUCAGGUUCACGGAGAAACAGCACACAGGUGGGAUGUGCAGCACGAGUGCUCUCUGCUCCUCAGAUAGAGGUCAUUCAGGUCAUUCCUGAUGAUGAUGAUGAUGAUGAUGAUGAUGAUGAUUCCACCAGGAUCAUUGUAGCUGCAGUAGUUACUGUGAUGGGCCUUGUCUGUGUUGUUGCUCUCAUCAGUGUCCUGCUGAAAGAAAAAGACAAGAAUUGGUCUUCUUGUAAUAUGUUUGUACCUAUUAAUAUGACGAUGAUUUAUUGACUGUAAGAGCCAAUCCUGUAGUUUUUGCAAAUGUCUGCAGCUCUGACUUUAAACUUUAAAUCCUUCUGUCACUCAGGAGAACACUCCACCACACAAAUCAACAAAUUUCAUUAAUUAAUUAAUGAAAUUUGUGCUGUUACUCAAACACAGACAGUAAAUACACACCUCAGAUUAACACAGUAUGAUUGCUAAAUGUGAACAUGUGGAAUUCCUGC